AUGCUCCUCUAUGUGGACGACAUCGUGCUCACCGCCUCCUCUCCACAGCUACUCCACCGUGUUAUUGCUGCUCUGAAGAAUCAGUUUGCCAUGAAAGAUCUUGGUCCUCUGCAUCACUUCCUUGGUGUGGCUGUUCAGCAUCGCAGCGACUCGCUCUUUCUCUCCCAGCGGCAGUACACCCUGGAUAUCAUUGCCCACCAUGGCAUGAGUGCCUGCAAACCCUGUACAACACCGGUUGACACUUGUGCCAAGGUUGCUGCUGAAGCUGGUCCCCCCGUGGCUGAUCCUACCUCCUACCGCAGCCUUGUAGGCGCCCUUCAGUACCUCACAUUCACCAGGCCCGACUUGCCUACGCAGUUCAGCAAGUUUGCCUUCACAUGCAUGAUCCCCGGGAGACACCUCGUUGCUGCCAAGCGUAUUCUCCGCUACCUACAAGGCACCAUCAGCCAUGGCCUUGUCAUUCCCCGGUCUGCUCCAACCCAGCUCACUGUUUACACCGACGCCGACUGGGCUGGCUGCCCUGACACCCACCGUUCCACCUCCGGGUACGCUGUCUUCCUUGGCAGCAGCCUCGUCUCUUGGUCCUCCAAGCGCCAACCCACCGUCUCUCGGUCCAGCGCUGAGGCUGAGUACCGGGCCGUUGCCAAUGGCGUUGCUGAGGCAACUUGGCUGCGCCAACUCCUGCAGGAACUGCACCAGUCACUGCAGUUCGCCUGCCUCGUCUACUGUGACAAUGUCAGCGCCGUCUACCUCUCCUCCAACCCCAUCCAGCACCAGCGCACUAAGCACGUGGAAAUUGAUCUCCACUUCGUCCGAGAACGGGUCGCCAUUGGGGCUGUCCGUGUUCUCCACGUCCCCACCACGUCGCAGUUCGCUGAUGUCUUCACCAAGGGACUCCCUUCAUCUGUCUUCAUGGAGUUUCCCUCCAGUCUGAACGGUCGUUUCUCCCAUGCCAAGAUGGAUCUAAUCUACCUGCACAAAGGUCGAACUGAUUUCACCAUGUGA